GUGCAAAGGUCACCCAGAGGUGUGUGUUGUGUGGGUUUGUACCUGCAGAAGCCAGGAAGCAUGUGAUGAAGCAGUGUCUUUAACCUGAGAGGUAGGACUUUGAGGACAAGGGUUUGUUCUCUAGAUGUGGUGAUGGUUUUCCUCAGACGGACACUGCUGCUUCGUUACCUGCUGCUGACCACCACGCUGGCUCUCCUCCUCUUCAUCAGCUCCUUUUGGCUCCCUCAGGGCGACCAAAGAGACUGCGGCUCGGUGUGGCAGCCAUGUUUGAUUUACUACAGCCAAACGCCUCUGGCCCCACCCAUCCUGGGCGAAUGGGCGGAGCAAGAAGAAGACUCGCCCUUUAUCAAAGAAUGCCCUGGACAGUCGUUUCAGGCCCGGAAGCUCCUACUUUAUCUCAGGUCCAGCCUGGCUGAAGAUGGCGAGAACAUCCUGCUGGAGCCUUACCUGCUCAGCUGGGACCAGCUCCUCAGCUUCAUGGAGUCUCUGGGAACGAUGGUCAGUUUCUUUUCUCAGAAAGUGAGAGAAAAGACGGAUCUGAUCCGAGAGCUCUCCCUGAAACAUAGUUUAGAGUUGAAUGGGAAAUCAGCUGGUUCUUCUAGACCACAAACCCCUGCAGCAUUUGGAUUAAAAACUGGGGUGUAUCAAUCUGUUCGAUCCAUGGUGGAGGCAGAGCUAAAAGCGGGCCUGGUCAACUACUCCUAUCGUACAAAUUCAGGCUCCAGAACCCUGCUACGGCUGCAUCGAUCCCUGAACUGGCUGAAGAUGCUGUUAGAGGGUUUGUCUGAAGGACCAGACUCUGAGGGACGGUACAAAACACCUGGAGAGCUCGGCAGAGAUGCCUAUAAGGUGGCGCUGGCCCCCCACCACCACUGGAUGCUCCGUCAGGCCGCAGAGAUCGUUUUCCUCGCCCUUCCUGACAGAAAGUACUUCCUGCAGCUGGUGUGUGUGCAGAAGCAGGAGGAGGCCACGCCUGUGCUUCGCAUCAUCGUCCACGCCCUCUCGCUAGUGCACACAAGGACUCAACGAAUCCUAGAGAAGUAUAACAUGUUGGAGCUGCCCUGAACAGGAGACGCCAUCCUCCCAACACCUGACAUCCUGUCUUUACCCACACAGGAAGGAAAUAAUAGACUUUAAAAGUACCAGUAAGCUUAAAUUAAAGAGACUGAAUCCUUUUCUUAUGUUGAUGCUGUAAAAAUUCAUCCCUUAUUUCAAUAGGUGUUAUUUUUCUUAGUCAUUAAUCGUUACAGAUUUUAGCAGGUGAUCAAAAUGUGAAAUAUGUAAGAAAUUGUGCCUCAGUCAAUGUGUCACUGCCAUGUAGAAUAACAUAUUCAUAUUCAGCAUGUUCUGAGUUUUCUAUUGGUUCUCUUACUAAUGUAGGAUGAACUUGACGAUGGAUUAUUAUUUUAAAUAGAAGCUUUUUGUAGAAACCAGGGACUCAGGAAGUACCUGGUUGCUAUGGUGAUUACCAACAUUUCUGAGGAGCAGGCGGAGACAGACGUCAGUUUCAACCCUGAAACAGUCUUUAUAUGAAGGGUCUACGACUGUUGUAUUAAAAUGUAAACAAGAAGAACCCUCUGCUGACCACUUGUAUAAAUGUUUACAUGUCAGCAUCUGUUGUGAUACUCUUUGACCUUUGACCUUUUGAGUGUCUUGGUGUUGUCUCGAGUGCAGUUCUACUCAGACACGCUGGACUCAGGAUUGUUUUGUCAAUACCAGUCAAGACUACAUUUUCAGCAUUCUUUCUCCACUGCAUCUUCUUGUGAAACUCCUGCCUGCAUUUAGAUACACUCAGUAAAGUUUCUUCAACACUGCUACUUGCGAGACUACAUCCGGGGACGAGAAACCAAGAAGGAAAAACAUUUUCCAGAGCAAAUAUGUGGAUGUUUUUCUGGCUGUGCAACAGAUAGACCCAACGCUCAGUGAGGUACGUCCUCGGCCUCCACCUGUCACCUUCAGUCUGCCUGAAGCUAAUGCUAAGUCAGUUGGCAUUUAGCUAGAUGGAUCCGCUCGUCAGAGUUGUCCAACUUGUUACCAACUUGUCUGAUUGGACCAGUUACAUGUAGAUAAACAUAAAAGUUAUAGAUCUCCUAAAUGUUGUGCGGAGCAGCUAAAAGCUUAGGUGAACAUGUGCAACCAGUUACUUAGGAGUCCUUUUAUGGGUUAGCUCGCUAAUGAGAUGCAACACACAGAUUUAAAUUUACAUUAUCAUCAUUACAGCAAUGGUCUUCCCUUGGUUUGGUCUUGGACUUGGUCACACCUUCCUCAAAGUCUUAGACUUGGUAUUUUUGAGUCUUAGACCCAGGUAGUGUUGAUAACAACACCGAUGAUGUAAGACAUGGUAAAGAGAGCCUUCAGUUCUGGUUUUGAACUAAAAAAGUCAGGGCUGAAAUAGAAUAGGUGAAUGAAUGUUUGAGUGUGUGCGUGCUUCAUCCUGAAAUCCCUUUAGCUGUUGAAGGUACACUUAGCAAAAGUUGACAAAACUGCCAACAUUUCCUGUACAUAUGCAGAUAAAACAGCGGGAAUUAAAGCUGUUUUUAUUAAAAAUGUUUGGGAAUAUAGAAGACAUUAAAAAUAAUCCAACAUUUAUUAAUCCAACAUUUAUUAAUCCAACAUUUAUUAAUCCCACAUUUAUUCUUCAGCUGUAUAUAAUCUGCAUAUUGCCUUAAUGUUAAGUUGCUGGAGCUCUGUUGGUUUAUUGUCCUUGGCUGUUUUUAAAUUUUAACUUGUCUUGUACAGUGUCUUUGAGUGUUAUGAAAGGCUUUUUUACAAAAUGUAUUAUUAUUGUUAGAAUUUUGAUUGUUGAUUAAUUAAUAUUUAUCAAGAAUUAUAAUUUAAAAUCAUAA